AUUGGCCCCGCCCACGUCUUUGAAACGUCAACAGCGGCAAACUUCAGGCUCCCUGAAGGGAAAAUGAUCACGGCCCCUGAGGAGCCGCAAUGGAGGAAAGUCAAUUCAGUUUCAGGAGUGACUCCUCGGGCCAGACACGGACACCGAGCCGCCGCCAUACGGGAGCUGAUUAUUGUGUUCGGUGGUGGAAACGAAGGGAUAGCGGAGUACCUCCAUGUUUACAACACUGUCUCCAAGCAGUGGUUUCUGCCUGCGGUGAGGGGUGACAUCCCGCCCGGCUGUGCUGCCCAUGGCUUCGUCUGUGAGGGCACUCGAAUACUGGUUUUUGGUGGCAUGGUUGAGUUUGGGAAAUAUACCAACAGCCUUUAUGAACUUCAGGCUAGUCGCUGGCUGUGGAAGAAGCUGAAGCCCAGAGCACCCAGGAAUGGCUCCCCUCCCUGCCCUCGGAUCGGACACAGCCUAACUCUUGUGGGUAACAGCUGUUAUCUGUUUGGAGGACUGGCCAAUGAUAGUGAAGACCCAAACGGCAAUGUACCAAGGUACAUGGGGGACUUCUAUGAGCUGGAGCUGCAGUCGGUAUCAGGGGCAAGAAGCUGGAGCAUCCCAGAGACAAAGGGGGGUGGUCCCUCGGCUCGGGAGUCCCACACCUCCGUUGCCUACACUGGUCUCGGCUCCCCGAAGCUCUACAUCUUUGGAGGGAUGCAAGGCUGCCGGUUAGACGACCUCUGGCAGCUUGAUCUCGACACAAUGGUUUGGUCGAAGCCUCAAACCAGGGGUUCCACGCCCUUUCCCAGAAGCCUUCACUCUGCCACAGUCAUUGGAAACAAGAUGUGUGUGUUUGGUGGCUGGAUUCCUGUUCCAGAGUCAAACAAACACAUUGAUUUAGGAACUGAAUGGAUCUGCACUAACUCCUUAAGUCUGCUCAACUUGGACACUAUGAGCUGGCAGAAUCUGGGCCCAGAGCAGGAGGACGAUAUUGAGUCCCAGCUGCAGAGCCAGGGACCACAGAGUGACGACCCGUACGCCUGUUGGCCCAGAGCCAGGGCCGGCCACUGUGCUGCCUCUGUCGGGUCCAGGCUUUACAUCUGGAGCGGCCGUGAUGGAUACCGUAAGAGCUGGAACUACCAGGUGUGCUGCAAGGACCUCUGGUACCUGGAGACUGACCGACCAGCCACCCCAGAGGCAGUGUUACUCAUCAAAUCCACAGUCAGCAUGCUUCAUGUGGCAUGGCGCCCUCUGGCAGCGGCAGACUGCUACAUCCUUCAGAUCCAGCCUGUGUGUCCUUCCAGCACUGCAGCCAGUGAUCCACCAUCCAAACCAGUCCAUCCAAGUGGAGCAGAUGGACCGCAGGGGAAGAAUGAAAACCAUGCAGGAGUCCAGUCCCAUCAACCUCAAACUGAAGGAAUCACUAAUAAAGAAGGAAAGGCAUCCGCUCAGGAUGCUUCAGCACAGCAGGAAACUACCGUAAAAUCAUCCAAUGGCUCAGCAGAGACCCGAGCACAAGGAGGGAGGAGUGCUGGGAGAGGGACAGUGGAGGACUCUGACACAAAACACUGCAGCGCUGUACAUGAGACAUCAAGAACAGAGGUCAGCGGCUCAGCUCAGCAGCAGCCAGCGGAGCAGCCUGUUUCAGCUGACAAGACGACAGAUCUCUACUCCCACACAGAUCAGAAUCCAGAUGAAGCAGUGUGGUUUGAUGUUGGUGUGUUCAAAACACUCUUCUCUGAGGUCAGCCACUACUUUCUGCCUGCUGACAGCGACCAGACGGUCAGCAGCCGUCCCCAAAAUACUAAAGAGAGGAAGCUGCCCGGGCCUCAGGACUACCAGAGCAGAGAGAAGAAGGAGCUGGUUCCAGGUCAGACCUACAGGUUCAGAGUUGCAGGCAUCAACUGCUUUGGCAAGGGAGAGUUCAGCCCUGUCAGCGAGUUCAAGACCUGUCAACCUGGUUUCCCUGGAGCACCCUCUGCGGUCAAAAUUGCCAAGGCCAACGAUUCGGUCUACAUCACGUGGGAGGCUCCCUCCUCUCCUUCGGGCCGCAUCCUGGAGUAUUCUAUGUACAUGGCGGUGAGGAAGAGUCGCUCCACCAGCUCGGAGCGUCCGGGUCAGAUGGCCUUCAUCAGGAUCUACCGCGGCACCAAGAUGUCCUGCUCAGUCAGCUCCACCCACCUGGACAACGCCCACAUCGACUGCUCCGCCUCCAACCGGCCAGCUGUCGUCUUUCGCAUAGCUGCCAAGAACGAGCAGGGCUACGGCCCGGCGACGCAGAUCCGCUGGAUUCAAGAUCCCAGUAAAUUGAGAGCGUCUGCCUCUAAAGCAGACAACAGUGCAGGGGCCGACCAGGAUGCUGCUGACAGCUCCAGCUGAAAGUGUUUGGACCAAUGAAAGUGUUUUAUGGAAGAGACAAUAUGUGCACUCAGGAAGCUGGCAAUGUCCACCACUCAUAUGAUAUAUAUUUCAUAGAUAAUUUUUUUAAUUUAUUUUUUUAUGUAUUUAAUGUUUCCCUUGUAAAUAGAUACACAUUGCGUGACCACUUUGCUAUUUUAGUUACACAAAUGUAAUAAUAUGUAAUAUGAUGUAGACCAAACUGCAAGUGAUUUCAGACUUCAGGCUCGUCAUCAUCAGCCACUAAUGCUUUAAACAGUAUGUCAUGGUCCUAAAUGAAACACUUGUGGUAAGAUAUUUAAGGGCCGGUGUACCACGGCCAGUUAUCUUUGCAGUGGAUUGUUGUUUUAUAAUCAGAUUAUUUACUAUAAUUCAGAUCUUUGUUAAUGUGUUUUGUCAUUGCACAUCACCAUAUGUUACUACAAACAUUUCCUGUAUCCGUUACACUUCAUAAUUGUGUUGUACUUCUUUUAUCAUCAUUAUUAUCAUAUAAGUUUAAGCAAAAAAAAGUAUUUCUGUCCAAAAUCAAAAAGUUGAUACACUACUAAAGAUUCUGAUGUGAAUUAAAGGUAUCAAAUAUGUGA